CGGGGCUCAGCGGUUGCUAAAGAACAUCGCCCCGCCUCUCCGUGAACAUUGUUUGAGCCCUCCCGGCUCCCGUCUUAUUGCUUCUUCGGUUCUGCGCCUGCGCGCUUCCAUAUUGCCCUUCGUUUCUCAGGCGCCGGAGAAGGACGUUUGUCUUGAGGAAGAAUUGGCAUCAUGUCUGCUCCUGUUUUGGCAAAACCACAGCUGCGAGGCCUUUUGGCUAAGCGCUUGCGGUUUCAUAUUAUUACAGCAUUUUUUCUGUCCUUGGGAUGUGCCACUAUGUAUAAGUAUGGAGUGGCUGAACCUAGGAAACAAGCAUACAGAAAUUUCUAUAGAAAGUAUGAUGCUGUGAAGGAUUUUGAAGAGAUGUAUCAAGCUGGUGUCUUUGACUAUGGAAAACAGUGAAGAAAUAUACAGGUUUCAGAGGCUUGAAGUACUGACCUGUUUUUUCUUAUGCUCCAACAUGAAAUACAUGCACACUGGCUGUGGAAUAGUUUAACUUGAUAAUAAACAGUUGAUGACCUA